AUGGACAACAAAACUUUAUCAGGCAAAGUUGCCAUUGUCAGUGGCUCCUCGUCUGGUAUAGGGGCAGCGAUUGUUCGCGAGUUAUCUACGAGGGGGGCCAAUACCGUUGUCAAUUAUCCAUUCUCCCACCUAAAGGCAGAAGCAGACGGGGUAGCUGCGUCUCUACCCUGUCCAUCAGUCGUAGUAGAGGCCGACAUGUCAACUACGGCUGCCCCACAAAAGCUGGUCGAUGCUGCUGUCGCACGCUGGGGAAAGAUUGACAUCCUCGUGAAUUGCGUUGCAUUGGCAGUUAACAAGCCACUGGAAGAGCAGACGCUCGAAGACUGGGACCUUUUGGUAAACAUAAAUGGCCGGGGAACAUUUCUUCUGACGAAAGCCUGUCUCCCACAUCUCACCAAAGGCAGUGGGAGGAUUGUCAACAUUGUCAGUAUUUCCGCUCGGGGUCCUCCGCCCAACCAGACAAUUUAUGCGGGCACCAAGGGAAUGGUAGAUUCUUUUACCAAGUGCUGGGCAAAGGAACUUCCCCCGAAGUAUGGGUGCACUGUAAACGCAGUCAGUCCGGGGCCAACAAAAACCGAAGGCUUUGCUGCUGCCGGUGAAGAGCAAAUGAAAUUACUUCAACCAAUUAUUGAGUGCACACCAGUGGGACCGAGAAUGGCAGAGCCCGAGGAGAUUUCCUUCGCCGUCGGGUUUCUGUGUGAGGAAAGGGCACGUUGGAUCAACGGUGCUCAUAUCGUUGCAUCUGGUGGGCUGUUUAUUGAUUAA